AUGCUGCAAAUGAUAGAGAGCAAAGCUCUCAACCUCUCCACCUUUAAAUUUGUCUUCGACGGUGACCAAGUACAAUUAUCUCUUGUGUCUUCACAAGUGAAGAACAUAAGUAUGGACUGUAUAGAUGACUGCAACCUUCUCUGUUAUGCUAUUACCAAGCUUCCAUAUAUCACACCAAAUGUUGAAACUCUUCGUUUGUCUUCACUUAGUGAGAUGGUUACUACACCCAUGGCAGCAGCCAAAUUCCUCCACCUCAAGCACUUGGAAAUUUAUCUUGAUGGAGACAUUUCCCAAGGAUAUGAUUAUUUGUCUUUGGUUUCUUUUCUCAGCGGUUCUCCUGUUUUGGAGACUUUCAUCAUUGGCGUAGAUCAGGACGAAAUGUCGUUUCAUUCAGUUUUUGGAGAUGCCUCACAUAUGAGGCAGAUGCUUGAACACAAGCAUGGUAGCCUCAAGAAUGUGACGAUCUUGGGUUUCUGCUCCGCGAAGAGCAUGGUUGAGCUAACAUGCCAUAUUCUUGAGAAUGCAACGUCACUGGAAUGUAUCACCUUGGACAGCGUAUUUUAUCGGAAUGACGACGACGAUGUUGGCAGGUGUUCUUUAACUUCUACCCGCAAAACUGGUGACUGCUACUAUCUGAGUAAUGAAAAGAUCUUGGAAGCCUAUAACGGGCUCGAAGCCAUCCAAAGAUACAUCGUGGGGAGAGUACCCUCCGCUGUUAAGCUAGAUGUCCGGGGGCCCUGUUGCCGGUGCCAUACUUUGGAGCUCUAG